AUGGAGCAAUGCUCUUUGUUUGGAAUUUUUGGAGGACUUGUGCAGCUCACACUUGCUUCUAUUUGCUUUUUCUCACUUUUUGGUAAUUUUAACCCUUAAACUAAAACUUUAUUAAACGCCUUGAAUGCUUGCCUAUUGGUAGCACUGUCACCAAGAAUUUCCUGGGGUAUUCGCCCUCUUUGCAAUGUCGACAGGAAGAAAUUUUUUUGAGUCGGGAUAAUUAAUCUGCUGAUAAUAGCUCAUGCUCAACUUUUCUUCUUUUUGACCACCUGACGCCAUGCCACUUAUUAAGUAGGGUUCUGUGCCUCCGUCUUCUCCUUGCCUUGCCAGCUUCAGUGUUGAGUGCGAAGUAUAUGGGCUUCUCCAGACAAAAAGUCAAACAAAUGCAAUAACUCUCGGCUUCAUGUUAGGGAGUUGCCCGAAUGGUCUAGUCAUUGCCUGUAGACGAUACUGAGUUUCCCCUUUCCAAUUCUGUGCCUACCUUAUUCCCCGAGGUAAAAUCUAAUCUUUAAAGCGGACAAGGGCUAGGUUCUAUACAUAACCAGAAUUACUUAAUAUCAUAACUGUCCAUUUCUGGGUUUGCAAAAUCUCGCAGGAUACAAAUAAAAAGUGCUCGAGACUGCGUUGUCCGGGCAAAGCCAGGCCGAGCCGCCAUUUAUUUAUAUUAGUAAUUUUAACUCAGUAAAGAGAUAUUAUGAACAUCCGCCUCGUCCCUUAAUUAUUUUCAUCCUAGUAUUUUUUACUUACUUCCCCUUCCAUGAAUAAACAAAAUAUGGAAAAAUCAUAUUCUCAAACAAAAGCCCAAUUAAAUAAAAAAAUUUUUCAUAAACGCAAAGUUUUUUGCUCAUAACAGAUUGGGAAUUCAGGACACAUCUAAACAAAUAGUUUCUGCUAUCCUUGCCCAUGUCAUGAACUUAAUGGCAGCAGUAAUCCUUACAAAUCGCCAAGGAGAUGAAAACCCUUGCUGCUGAUAUUUCAUCAAUAUUUCAAUAGACUGCACAAUUGGAGUUUUCUCAGCUUACACUUUGCUUAAAUUAGUAGAAAAAAUAAGCUGGCAUAAAGGAUGGCUGAAACUCAUAAGUGGCUAUUACUCAGAGCUUUCUGAAGACGAGGUUGAUUUAGGAAUCUGGGCUUUACAGCUUAUGUGCUGGGGGACAAUUAUUAUUACGGUGAUUUUUAUGCAGACAAAGUGAAUUUUAAUUAUUUUGAUCAUCAUUUAUUCUCAACAGCUCAGUGAAAUAGGAAAUUAUGUAUUAGAGCCUCUGGCUUCUAAUCCCAGGGAAGAGCUGAUAGUUGUUAUGAUAAUUGUACCUCUUUUAUUUAAUAUCAUACAGCUAUGGGUGUGUGAUAGCUUUUUGAAAGCUAAGCCAGGGUCGAAAUCGCCUGCGAUUAUUAUGAGGGAGUCUAUAGAGAAAUUAUAA